CAAUACCACCGUAUGUUGUGUCAUGUGUGAUAACAAUUCUGGUUUCAUGGAAUAGUGGACGUAUGGAAGAACGUGGUUAUCAUAUUUCAUCAUUGUUACUUAUUGGUAUCUGUGGUUUUCUUUAUUUGAUCUUAUCUAAAAAUGUGGCAUUAUAUUUCGGUGCAUUUAUGGCUUGUAUUGGUUCAUUAACCCUUAGUUCAUUGAUACUUUCAUGGGCAACAAAUAAUAUUGGGGGUCAAACCAAACGUGCUGUAGUUACGGCCCUAGUUGUUGGCUUUGGUAGUAUUGGUGGUAUACUUAGUGGAUUUAUUUAUGGAAUAGAAAAUGAUUCGCCAUACUAUCAUAAAGGGCAUUGUAUUAUGCUCGGGUUUAUGUGUUGUGCAUUUCUACUUUCACUCGUAUUCAAAUUCUUAUUAAAACGUGAAAAUAGCCGGCGUGAAAAGUUAACACCUGAACAAUUUGCACUAGAAGCUGUUGUUUCAAGAUUUUCAGAUAAGCAUCCUCGAUUUCGUUACAUUACCUGA